GUCUACCGUAAUUUCAGCAAAAUGUUGUGAGGGUAAAUUCGUAAUUACUCUUAUCAUUCUCAAAAUUCUCUCCUCGGCGACUAGCAUCGACUCUCUCCAGUCCAAAUCGGAGGUGUGACUGAAAAUAUCUCCGGUUGUUUUUUUCAGUUAUGGAGGUGAGAUCGGAUUUACGAUCGACUUCGUUUUCUUCUCUCCUGUUCGUUUUGAUUCUCACUGUUUUAAGCGGACUCGUUUCCCGGUCUGAGUCGGCUCAGCAACCUUUCCGCCGCGAGCCGGGUCACACUCACUGGCAUCACAGCGCCUUCCUCGACGUACGAGAGAGCGUGCGAUCGGAUGUCCGCCGCAUGCUUCACUCCCGUGCCGAGGUACCAUUUCAGGUUCCUCUAGAAGUGAAUAUAGUCCUUGUUGGUAUGAAUGGGGAUGGGGGAUACAGAUAUGCUAUGGAUCCUCACAAGUUGGAGGAGUUCUUAAGAGUUAGCUUCUCGACCCAUAGACCCUCGUGCCAAGAGACGGGAGAGCCACUUGACAUUGAACAUCGAUUGGUUUAUAAUGUGUUUCCUGUUGGGCAACCUGAACUAAUUGCUCUGGAGAAGACAGUGAAAGAAGCCAUGGUGUCUGCUGGGACUGCAGUAGAGGCUGAUUUUGGAAGACACUUACCUGCCUAUGACGUAGAGGCAACCAAAGUUGAGUCCGCCUUUAACCGCCUUUACUCUUAUAUAUUUGACAUGGAAGUGGGAGCUGGAUCAGCUGGCACGGCGGAUAAACCGAUACCAAGUGCCAUAUUCGUAGUUAAUUUUGAUAAGGUAAGAAUGGAUCCUCGAAAUACAGAUAUUGAUCUAGACAGCUUGAUGUUUGCAAAGCUACCAGAGCUUAGUGAUGCAGACAAGGAGAAACAGGAGGCAGAUUAUAUUUAUCGAUAUAGAUACAAUGGUGGAGGAGCAUCCCAAGUUUGGCUUGGAUCAGGCAGAUAUGUUGUCAUAGAUUUGUCUGCGGGGCCUUGUACAUACGGGAAGAUUGAAACUGAAGAGGGAAGUGUCAGUCCUAGAACAUUGCCAAGGAUACGAAACAUUAUGCUUCCAGGAGAAGUUAGCCCUGCUGGUCAUCAGUCUACCCAUGACAUUUUUUCUGGUCAGUUAGCGGCAUUAGUAGCUACUACAAUUGAGCACGUCAUAGCUCCUGAUGUCAGGUUUGAAACAGUUGAUCUUGCGACUAGAGUGCUGGUACCUAUCAUUGUGCUCCAAAACCACAAUCGAUAUAAUAUCAUGGAAAGAGGACAAAACUACAGCAUAAAUAUUGAAGAGAUAGAAUCCGAGGUAAAGAAAAUGAUUCAUCAUGGGCAAGAAGUAGUCAUCGUUGGAGGGGCUCAUCCAUUACAUCGCCAUGAGAAGUUAGCUAUUGCUGUCUCAAAAGCCAUGCGUGGGCAUUCCCUUCAGGAAACUAAGACGGACGGAAGAUUCCAUGUGCAUACCAAAACAUACCUAGAUGGUGCUAUUCUCAAAGAAGAAAUGGAAAGGUCUACUGAUGUUCUAGCUGCUGGUUUGCUCGAUGUAUCUGACCCUGGACUUUCUAAUAAAUACUUUCUGCGCCAGAGCUGGGAAGAUGAAUCCGAAGGUUCAAAUGAUUCCAUCGUGAAACACAAACCUCUCUGGUCACCUUACAGCUCGAAACAUCAAAAGGGGAAGAAAAAGAAGGCCGUUAAGAAAAAAGGAGAUCUCUACCGAACUUACGGAACAAGAGUAAUUCCAGUGUUUAUACUCUCAUUAGCCGAUGUGGACCCAAUGCUCAUGAUGGAAGAUGAGAGUCUCGUGUGGGCGAGCAGUGAUGUGGUCAUUGUGCUUCAGCAUCUAAAUGAGAAAAUACCUUUGAGUUAUGUGUCUGAAACAGAGAGACAGCACGCCAUUCCAUCACAAGUGCAGCGGCAUAUACUUGCGGGUAUAGCUUCUGCUUUAGGCGGUGUAAGUGCACCGUAUGAAAAGACCUCUCACGCGCAUGAAAGACCCGUCACCAAUUGGCUUUGGGCAGCCGGUUGUCACCCGUUUGGACCGUUCUCAAACGUCUCUCAGAUGAGUCAAAUGCUUCAAGAUGUUGCACUGAGGAAUACUAUCUAUGCGCGGGUUGAUUCUGCUCUACGCAAAAUCCGUGAAACAUCAGAGGCAGUACAAAACUUUGCAUCUGAAUACCUCAAGACUCCAUUAGGAGAGCCAGUGAAAGACAAAAAGAACAAAACAAGAACGGAGCUGUGGGUGGAGAAGUUCUACAAAAAGACGACCACAUUGCCCGAGCCUUUCCCACACGAGCUAGUCGAAAGAUUAGAGAAAUAUCUAGACAGUGUAGAGGAGCAACUGGUGGAUCUUUCUUCUUUGCUAUACGACCAUAAACUAUACGAUGCUCAUCUCAACAGCUCAGAGAUUCUUCAGACCACCAUGUUUACACAGCAGUACGUAGAACAUGUACUAGAAACAGAAAGGGAGAACAUGAGAUGCUGUAAGAUAGAGUACAAAUACACAGUUGGAGUCAAAUCUUAUCAGACAUUGGUGUACGGAGGGAUACUUGUUGCAGGUUUUCUUGUGUACUUCCUUGUCAUCUUCUUCUCUUCUCCUCCUGCUCGUUGACCUCUGUUCUUGUUUUGAGGGUCAUAGAUUUUGUAACGGUUGUUUAUUGUUGAAUUCAUGUGACUAGAAGUUUGUUGACAUAUUAUUUUAGUAAUAUCAUAAAUUACUAGUUAUAUAAA